ACAGGGAAACCGUCAUUUUCCUACUCGCCCUCUGACAUCAACCACCUUCUCUGUAGCUAGUUUCUCUGCACUCAGAUUAAUCCCUGGCGAUGAAAAAUGAGCCUCUCCCCCACCCUUGCUGCCGCCUUUCGCCUUACGCCCCCAGAGAAGAGUUUCUUCGUGUGGCAGCCGGUGAAGGUUUUUUUCCAAGUCACAUGAUCCAGGAUGCAGGGGGAGAAUCCUUCUUGGAACAGAGAUGGGCCCAGAACCGAAUCAGAUGAGGAGAGAUAAGGUGUGAUGUGGGGAAGACUAUAUAAGAAUGGACCCAGGGCUGCAGCAAACACUCAACCGAGUGGCCCCUUCUCAGGACGCCAUGCAUGUGCCAGCUGGCUCCGUGGCCAGCCACUUGGGAACCACCAGCCGCAGUUACUUCUGUUUCACCACGGCCACGUUGGCUCUGUGUCUCGUCUUUGCUGUGGCAACCAUCAUGGUGUUGGUAGUUCAGAGGACGGACUCCAUUCCCAACCCGCCGGGCAAAUUUCCCCUUAAAGGAGGAAAUUGCUCAGAGGACAUGCUAUGUAUCCUGGAAAGGGCUCCAUUCAAGAAGUCAUGGGCCUACCUCCAAGUGUCAAAGCAUAUAAACAAAAGCAAGUUGUCUUGGAAUAAAGACGGCAUUGUCCAUGGAGUCAGAUAUCAGGAUGGGAAUCUGGUCAUCCAGUUCCCAGGUUGGUACUUCAUCGUUUGCCAACUGCAAUUUCAUGUGAAAUGUCCAGAACAUUCUGUUGACCUGAAGUUGGAGCUUCUCAUCAACAAAGAUGUCAAAAAGCAGACAUUGGUGACAGUGUGUGAGUCUGGAGUGCAAACCAAAAACAUAUAUCAGAAUCUCUCUCAAUUUUUGCUGGAGCACCUCCAGAUCAACACCACCAUAUCAGUCAAGGUGGAUAAAUUCCAGUAUGUGGAUACAAACACCUUUCCUCUUGAGAAUGUGUUGUCCAUCUUCUUAUACAGUAGUUCAGACUGAACCAUUUCUCCUGAUUUUUAAGAAAAAAGCAACUCUGCACUAUACAGUACUUCAUCCAACUUAAUACUUGGGCAAAAAGAAAACUUUAGAACAAGACUAAAACCACCAAGGGUAUUAAAUUGUAUGUUUCUCCUUCUGUCUCUUGGGAAGAUGAGAGUUUUGAACAAAAUAUCUUUCAGAUAGAAGGCAGGGAAGCAACGAGAUGUGUGGACAGAACCCCAUCUGGGUAUCAGAAGGGAUGGAUUUACGCCCCAGCCCACCAGGUAACUCACUAUAUGACCUGGAGCCAUUCCUUUCCCCUCCAUGGAAUUCAGGAUCCACAACUGACAAAUGAAGUGGCUGGAUUUGAAUUUCUCCAAAGUCUCCUCCAUCUCAGAAGCCCAGGCUCUCUCAUCACAGACCUAUGAACUAAGAUUCCAGACAGCGUUCUGGAAGCCCCCAACCAAAAGAAAGAUCCCCACGCCAGCAGCAAACCAAUGGUACUGGCGAUAUUGGGCUGCAUGUCACCUCAGCAGAAUUUGAGGGCAAGGUUCAGGGUACCUUGCCAAAUGGUGUGAAUUGUAGGACACCUAAAAUGUGUAAAAGAAAGGACUACCCAACUGAGCAUCCUGAAUCUAAGGGGCCUUCUGGGGAAGACCAUCUGACCAGGCUCGACUCCAUUCAAGUUAAGAUUGGCAAUAUUUCAAUGACACCUUUUGUUUCCUGGCAUGAAAGUGUUGUGCAGUCAACAAACACUCGAUCAGCAUGCAGUGCUCAAGGUGACGUGGUCUUCUGGUCAAGGAAUAGCUGCUGCCCUCUUCCACACAAUCUCUUUCCAUUCCCUCCUCAAACACCUCUCAGGACACCAUUUCUACGGAGAGCUUUUAAGGCCCCACAAAGUUCCUGAUAGACAAUGAUGGUCCUGAAAAUGGUGAGGAUGUUUGGGCAAUGGUAACCUCCUCUCCUGAUUUGGAUAGCCAGAUUUCUCCAGCCAAGCCCGCCUACCUUUACAUCUGUCCAUCAUCCACGCAGGAAUACCUUACUGUGUGAAAAAAGGGCCAUUUGACUUGUAACCCCUGAGUUUUUGCUUCAGAAGGAAAAGGGACCCUUAAAUGCUCUGCAAAAGAAUGGAGCAAAAUUUGCAUUUUUCUCAAAAAGAAGAAGAGAAAAAAAGGGGUUAGACAUUCAGGAAAGUUUGUCAGAGAAAAACUAGCAAAGCUUUAAAAGAAGCAAAAAUAACCAGCUGUGGUAGCACAGAUGAAGGGACUUGGGAGAACAAGUGGCCAAGGGAAAAACGGAAGUCAUUUGCCGAACAGUGUCAAUGUCAAUCUCUUCCUAGGUCCCCUCAGAAAUAUUCAGUGAAGUCUACAUUUCUCUUUAAUGCUCUCUGUGAGUAGAUUCUUUGGGAGGAGAGGGCAUUCUAAGAGCUGUGGAAUUCACCUAGCCAAGUGGUAUGUGGUAAAAGGAGAGACAGGUUUACAGGAUCCAAAACUACAGAAUAAGGGGGACAGAAUCUGGUAUCCGUUAUACUUUAAUUCUGAAGGACAAGAGAAUCUUGCAGAAACCAACUCACUCCAUCUUGAAAAGGUAUCUGUGACCUAAGCAUGUGUAAACUAAGCAAAUUUUCUACUGUCUUAUAUUCUAACUUGAGAAAGAUCCCAUUUUCAUUUAUCACCCACCAUCCUCUGAGCAGAGGGGCCUGGCUUUUAUACUGUGAUUGCUUCCUAAUCUCAAUCUCUGAAAGCAACAGCUUUCAGACAAGGGAGCCCAGCAUUUAAAGGAAUCCUGUAGCAAGAUGAAAAAGUAAGAUAGAAUAAUCAUUAAUAAGUCAAUUGAUUAUAUACAGGGAAUGGACAACCUAGGAAGUUUAAAGUGUAAUUCUGUUAUUCCCUGGAGGUCAAUCUGGGAAUGUUAUGAGCAAAUGAUACCAUCUAUGCAAGUAAAAUAAAAAUUUUUCUAACUUGGAACCCCAGCUACUCUAAACAUAUGGCUUUUCAGUAAAAAUCCAACUGGAGCUCACAGACUCUGCUUGCUCUCUCUCUCUCUCUCUCUCUCUCUCUCUCUCUCUCUCUCUCACACACACACACACACACACACACACACACACACACACACAGAGUAUACUUGUAGAACUUGUAGAGGAGGGUGGGGAGUGAGUUGAUGAACAAGUCAGUGUAGACUAAAUUUGUUCCUGCCUUUGCAAAAAUUCAUAGGAUUUUCAUUCUCCAUAGCCAGUAAAUUUUCCUCCGCCCAGUCUCUCCAUCACCCACUGAUGCCUCUGGUAACACCCUUAUCCAAUUCCUUCUCAGGAUCCUCCAGUCACAUAAAAGUGGCUCAGAGAAAGCCCCCCAGGAGGGUUGUUAUGAACAGGCUCUAAAAGAGGAAGUACUGAGGGAAACUGGGCAAAACAUAGCAAACAGGGGAGCCUUCCAGAACCCCUGGCAUACACUGAUUAUUCUGGCACUGGGAGACAAAGCCCUUACGAGGAUAAAGAAGUCAGUCGAUGUCAUCUCUGGAAAGAUCCCAAGACAUCAGCUAAGCCCAUGUUUGAAUAGAAGCCCAAGAUGGGGCAGACACUUGUCAAGUCCUUACAUGUGGGUUGUAGCCGAGCUGGGAUUUGAGCCCAGGUUCCUGACUCCUAACUCCAUUAUUUCCCCCCAGGCUUUAUUGGUCUCCCUCUGUAGCCUUUCUGUAAUUCCUCAGGUCACAUCUUUCCAGCCCCACAUUGGAACAGUCCCUAGCGCUCAGGGAUUUCCUCUGUUCUUCCUUGCUCCCACCCAAAUCCCUUCAGGAUCGUCAUUCUACUGGGAGACCCAGACGGCCUGUAGAUUCAGCACAUGGUCACAUCACAGAAAAAGGUUAGGGUCUCAUGACCUAAAAGUCCUAGCUCUCAGAAACUGCAGAAAUAUAUGGAAGCCCAACAUUUUUUCCAAUAAAAAAAAUUAAAAGCUUGAUGUUUAAUUUGAAGUUACGCACAUACGUGUGUAUAAUUAUGUCUUAUGCAUGUACAAUUAUGUAAGUGUAUGGGUGAAUGUGCAUGUGUGUACAUGUGUGUGCAUAUAUGCAUAUUAUAUGAGUUCGCAUUAUAUAUACACAUAUGUAUACAUGUUUGUGUGUGUACACUUUCCCUUAGUAAUUGUUUUACAAAUCAUCUACUUAAACUGGGGUCGGGAGGAACUCUGAUUCUUGCUGCUCUGAGCAUUGCAAAAUUUAUAUAUGCUUGUAUUUAUUUUUAAUUAUGAAAAGAACUGAAAAUAAUGCUGCUCCUAUGCCCCACUAGCUUAUUUAAUAACUAUUAUAUUUGGUUAUAUUUGCUUCUGCUUCUUUUGAAAAAUAAAAUAAUGCAGAUAGAGCUGACAUCUCAGUCCUCCGUCCAUUUCCCUACACCCUCCCUAGAGAUAACCACUGCUCGGAAGUUUGCGUGUCCCCUUCUCUCACAUAAUUUUAUACUUGUUUUCCCAUAAGGAAAUAUAAUACAAUUUUGUAUGGCUCUAAAAAUUUCAAUAAAUGAUAUCAUACUUUAUAUAACAUUCUGUGACUUUAAAUUUUUCAUGUAACAUUUACAUUUUGAGAUUUAAUCCAGACUGAUACAUGUCUAGCUCAUUUAUUUGACUGCUAUGUACUAUUUCAUCAUUCGAAUAUACCAGAGUUUGUCCAUUAACCUAAGAAUGAAGUUAGUUUGCCUCCCAAUUUUACUUCAAUAAGCACAUCGUUCUGUACAGUUCCCACCCCUUGUUGCCAUUUUCUAUACAAUGAAAAUACUCCUUAAAAACUAUAAAUAGCACCCUAAACCUACUGAGUCAACCUUGGCUAGUGAGGUUAGACCCCUCUGUGGUCAAAGCUCAUGAGCUGGAGCUUCAGAAUCUAAACAGCUCUUCCCUCCUUCCCAAGAA